UGAUUUGUCUAAUAAUGAGCGAGGAAUAUUCACCUUUCUGCUGAACAGGAUGUUAUCCCCCGAGCUUUGACCUUCUGUGGGUGUUCCAUAGAAACAUAUUGUCCUCGAUCCAAUCUCGUGGAUCUGUAAUAGCUGAAGCAAUUAGAAACAUGGAUAUUUCACGUCUCUUGUGGAUCUGAUAUUUCGAUCGUAAGUUGUAUCCUCCAAUCCAAUCUUGGAGCUAGCUUCCGAACAGCUUCUGCAUUGAGGAGUACUUCAGCAUACAUCAACAACACAUCUUUUAAGUUUCAGCUUCCCUCUCUCCUUUGCUUCUUCACUGUUGUUUUCUAGUUUAAAUGGCCUCGAGCUCCCAAACAAGCUCUUCAUCUCUUCCUUCGUCAUCAGCUCCUCAGUGGAAGCAUGAUGUGUUUCUCAGCUUCAGGGGUGAAGACACCCGGAAGGGUAUUGUAUCCUCUUUAUACCAUGAAUUGAAAACCAGAGGAAUACAAACAUUCAUGGAUGACCAAGGGCUUCAGCAAGGGAUGCCUAUUUCUCCAAGUCUCCUAACAGCGAUUGAGGAAUCCAGGUGUGCAGUCGUUCUUCUAUCGCCAAACUAUGCUUCUUCUACAUGGUGUUUGGAUGAACUUGCAAAGAUUCUCCAAUGCUCUGAAGCCAAGAAGACACUGCUUCUGCCAAUUUUUUAUAAUGUGGAUCCCUCUCAUGUGCGACAUCAAAAGGGAAGUUUUGCAGAAGCCUUCACUAAGCAUGAAGAGAGGUAUAGGCAAGGCAAUGAUGAUGCAGAGAAGGUGAACAAGUGGAGAGCUGCUUUAACACAAGUGGCCAAUCUCUCUGGGUUGGAUUCAAACAAAUUUGGGUCUGACAGAGAACUUGUCCAACGCAUUGUGGAACUUGUGCGCCGUGAUGUAAGGCCUAUUUCAAUAAUGUCGAGCAGCAAUUUUGAAGCAUUUGAAUCAACAAGAAAAGCCAUGAAGGAGCUGAUGGAGGCAUUAGAAGAUGAUGAGGUCGCUGCCAUUGGGGUCUAUGGAAUGGGAGGGGUUGGGAAGACAACCAUGGUGAAACAUGUCGGUGCACAAGCCCAAAAAAUGGGGCUUUUUGAUCGUGUGAUUAUGGCUGUUGUAUCCCAAACCCCAGAUACAAGAAAUAUUCAAGGCGCACUUGCGGAUCUGCUGGGCUUGACAUUGGUGCAGGAGUCAGAUAUUGGACGAGCCGAUAGAUUGCAGACGGAGAUACUUGGAAGAAAAAAGAUCCUUAUAAUCUUAGACGACAUUUGGAAGACACUUGACUUGUCAAGCAUUGGAAUUCCCAGCUACAACUACCUUCAAAUCCGCAAGUCCAAACUGCUAUUCACCACAAGGAGAUCGAAUGUUUGCCAUACCAUGGGGAGCCAAGCAAAAAUUCAUCUCAAUAUCUUAUCAGAAGAUGAUGCUUGGAACUUGUUUUUGAAGAAGGCAAGAAGGUCUUUUCAAAAGUCUAGCCCUUUCUAUGAAGUAGCCAGAAAGGUAGCUAGAGAAUGUGCUGGUCUCCCAGUUGCAUUGAUUGCAGUUGCGAGGGCACUUGGAGAUAAAGAUUUUAAAGACUGGAAACUAGCAGCUCGACAACUUGAGAUGUCUCAACCUGCCAACCUUGACGAGGAGAAAGAUGUGUUCAAGUGCAUUAAGUUGAGCUAUGAUUACCUUGACAGUGACGACGCCAAGUCUUGCUUCUUGCUUUGCUGCCUAUUCCCAGAAGAUUAUGACAUCCGUGUUGAAGACUUGAUGAGCUAUGGGUUCGGAACAGGGUUGUUUCGACAUGUCAACAGCACAAUAGAAUAUGCCAGAGUCAGAGCACAUUCGGUUACUAGAUACCUUAAAGCUUCUUGUCUGCUUUUGGAUGGGACAAAAGAAGGAUAUGUAAGGAUGCAUGAUGUCAUUCGAGAUAUGGCCAUAUCCAUUGCACUCUCUGUAGAUGGCCACGCCUCUUUGGUGAAAACUAAUUGUCAUUUGAAAGAUUGGUCGAUGGAUGCGGACGAAGGCUACUCAGCAAUCUCACUAAUCGAGAGCAACACUUGCAAGCUUCCCAACAAGUUGGUAUGUUCAAAACUUCAGAUUUUAUUGCUACAAAAAAAUGAUGGUAUAAGAGAGAUCUCAAAAACCUUUUUUCAAAGCCCCAAUGAUUUAAGGGUCUUAGAUCUUAGGAAAACUGGCAUUUCAUCACUGCCCCCAUCAUUCAGUCUCCUAGCCAGACUCCAAGCUUUGCAUUUAGAUGAUUGCGAGUCCAUCAUUGACAUAUCCCUACUUGGAAAACUGAAAAAGCUUGAGAUUCUUAGUAUGAGACACUGUGACUCUAUUAAGAAAUUUCCAAAAGAGAUUGGAAAUUUGACGAAUUUAAGAAUGUUGGACUUGACUGGAACCCGUUUUAAGACAGUUCCCUCUCAAGUGAUAUCAAGGUUGUAUAGAUUGGAAGUACUGUACAUGAGAUGUUAUUUUGGCAAGUGGGGUUGUAAAGCUGCCGGAGGCUGCUUGUGUUUUCUUUGUAAGAAUGCUAGCUUUGAUGAGUUAAUUGGCUUGCCAAGUUUAAACACUUUGCAGGUUUCCGUAUGUGGUGCAGAACGCUUGCCUCAAAACGUUGAGGUCAAUCCAAAUUGGGACAGGUUUUGUAUAAUUAUGGAAGGAUACGGCACGGACAUUUGUCGCAUUUAUGAUUAUGACGAGGGCUUCCCACAUCGUUUUUCAAGAACAUUGAUCACGGUCGAAACCAUGAAUAACUUACCCGAUUGGUUCAUCAGUGUAGUGACAGAAAGAACAGAUUAUUUAUGGUACAGAGGUCGCCAUGGCUUAACUAACCUUCUCGAGGAACACGACUGUGGGAGAUUACAUGGACUCAAGUAUUUGUGUAUAGAAUCUUCCGAAUAUGUGGAAGUGUUGUUGAACACAAUAACAUGGACUAGGGUGUCAAAUGAACCUGUGUUUGAGAACUUGGAAGAGUUGGAAUUCUCCGGGGAUGGCUUGGAGGAGCUAUGUGUCGGUGAAUUACCACCUGGCUCUCUACGUAAUCUAAAGAAAUUGAUGAUGGGUAUGUGUCCUUGCUUGGUGAAACCGCUUUUACCGUCAAAGUUGUUGCACAGAUUAGAGAGUCUGGAAGAACUAUGUUGUUCUCUUAUGAAGGAAAUGAAAUAUGUGUUUGGAUUUGAAGGGCAUGAACCACAACACGUUGUCUUGACGAGGCUGAGAAUGAUUUCAUUGGAAUCCAUGGACAGCUUAAUAAACAUAUGGGAUGGUCCUGCUCCAUCUGGAAUCUUCCAGAGUCUCAAAAUCAUUUCCUUGGUUAAUUGCCGGAAACUGGAAUAUCUCUUCACAUCUGAUGUAGCUCGAUGUCUUUUGCAAUUGGAAGACGUUGUGGUACAGAAUUGCUUUAGCUUGGACAGAAUAAUUGAAGCGAGUGAGGAAAUAGAGAGCAACAGGAUCGUUCUUCCACAGUUGAAGAACUUGGUUUUAAAAGAUCUUCCAAAGCUCACAAGGCUGUCCAGUACAAGCAGCAGUACUAUUGAUAUUGAAAUCGAGUGCCCUACAUUGGAACGCUUAUAUGUCUCUGCGUGCCCCCAGUUAUCAAUCCCUGCUUCUGGUUUCAACAGCAGCAACGAACACUCACUAUUUAAUUGGGGUUAUAGCGAUACACUACGGAGUAGUAUCGAGGCCGUGAGUUACCGCUCACACUUUCCACCUUCGAUGAGUGCGCGCUUACUUUUGGCACUUCUGCGGACAACACUGAUUUCGACCAAGAGGGCCCCAGUGACGUGGCCAGUUGCAUGUUUUGCCGUCAUGGUCUUGUGUUUAAUGGUAUUUUGGCAUGUGGGAUGAGGCCUCCACUUACUUGCCAUCAGCCAUGGCAUAUUGCUUUUAUAAUAAUUACCCUCUCCGCCCACUGCCGUUGCGUCUCCAUGCUGCACCACCACAUCUUCCGAAACCAGUGCACAAUCGCCACCCUCUUCAAAACCCGAAGUCUGAGCAAAGCAAAUUCGCUCAACACGGAUGGAUCUGAGCAUGAACACGCACCAAGUUUUCAAGACCUGCAGUCGUAGUAGUAAUCGACGUGAUUACGGGGUGAAAGGUUUGAUCGAUUUUGAGUCCUUGAUCUUACUCUGAAGAAGAAGAAGAAGAAGAAUCACCCACACACUGAGAAAGUUUUGAGGUGCUAAAUCAGAAAAGUGCUACUUCACCAAAUCUCCCUGCUGUUUCUUCAGUACUGCUUCUAAGGAGCAGUAUGGGUAUUACUGAAGCAUUGCAAUUGCAGGUCCAAAAGCGGCUUCAUGAACAACUUGAGGUAUGUAGUUGGAAGCCAUGCACUGUCUUUAACUCUUUAUGCCUCUGAGCUGGUUGUUGGUUGGGAUCUGUUUACAAGAUUUUGUAGAGAUUCGGAAUAUAUAGACAUUUUAUAUGCCAGAGUUUUAGUCCUGAGAAUAACUAAUGAUUUCUUCUGAUUUGCUUCUUCUUCUAUACAAACUACAUGCUGCUAUUAUGACUUGCACAUUUCCAGAUAGAGUUUUGCUUUACAGUUACAGAGUUUGGUUAUGAUGUGGUACUUACAUGUCAAAACAAUGUCCAUUAUUUUGGUCUUUGUAGUAGGCAGAUGGAUGAAAAGGUUUAUAAAGUUGAGGUGACUGCUCAUGAGUGAUAAUGAGCUUUGCUGAAUGAAAUCAAGCCUUAGUAGGUUUAGAUCAAGCAGCUUUGGCAAUUUGAAGCCACCAACUGUGGGGUUUAUGAGUCAAAAGUAGUAAAGUUGGGCGGUUGAGCUGAUGAGCCAAUGAAUUGUAUUUCAUCGAGUUAUGGGGUAUAUUUAUAACUAUGUAGGCCUAUAAACAGCUUUGAUCCCAUUCUCCAUCACCCAAUCUUUCUCUUGGUUCUUAUGGGCUCUUCUUCACUUUAUUACACAACCUAACAAUUUGGAACAAGCUGACUUAAAUCUUCAGCUGAGAUGAUCCUCUUGUUUAUUACUUUUAUAUUUCCAGUCCUAAACAAACCCAAAAUGGAUGUUAUUCAAGUGAUGCAAACCCAUCAUAGUCAAAUGAUGAUGUUAUUCAUGAAUGCCAAAACCAUCGUCUUCA